GAACUUCCAGGUCCGGAACUGUAAGACACACGCCCUCAGUAGUGGGAAACCCUAUCAUCGCACUAAGUAACAUGCACGGGCAACUUCCCUUCUCCCGCCAAAUCCUCUUCUGGUCUUUCAUGGUGCCGUUGGCAUCGCGAGUCGCGGCGCACUUCCGCCGCCGCCUCGACAACCUCGAUGGGAACCGCUGCAAGCCGCGUUGGAGAGGCAGGCGGUGCUGACGUCAUCACGGUGGUGUCGACGGGAGUAGAGGCGGAGGAGGAGGAGGAUGAGUGCCUCCAGCGACUGAAGGCGCUGAGACAGAGCAUUCCUCUACUCCAGCAGCUCACCCCGCUUCUCUCCCAAGCGGCCAUCACCAACACUCAUAUCCCUGCCACUGCUGCUGCCACUGCUACUGCUAGUGCUACUGCUACUGCCGCUACCACUGCUGCUACCGCUGCCACUGCUGCCGCCGCUGCUACUGCCACCGCUGUUGCCUCUGCUAGUGCUGCCGCUGCUUCAGCCACUCGAGUUGCUGGUAAUGCUGCUGCAGCUGGUGCUGAUACUGCUGCUGCCGACACUUCAGUCCUGGCGGCAAGCGGAGGGGAGCGGAUGGCAGCGCAUGCACAAAGGAUAGCCGAGGCAGUGUGCGAGUUGAGGGCUCGGGGUGACUCGUCAGCCGCUGUGCUGGUGGGAUUCGAGCAGUGGCAUGCUGACGUGGCAGGGAGAGUAUGCGGUAACCAGCAGGAGCUGAUGAGCCGCAUGGAAGCAGUGGAGGCUCUAGCUGGGAAGGUGUACAAGCGAAUGAACUGGACUGGCAGCGUGGUGAAGAGCAAUCUGCAGCACCUUAGGGCAGCUCCCAGUCUCAGGAUAGAGAUGGAGCGUCUCAGGAAUCAGCUGAGUGCCGUCACACGCAGCUACGAGGGCCUGUGUGAGGAGCUGGAAGCGGCAGGGUUGGAGUUCGACUGCGAGACGGAAACUAUUUGCAGAAUUGAUGGGAACUGGGCCUCAGCUGGUGUCGAAGUGCCGGAGUCUGAUUCUGGGGUCUCUCUGCAACGCAGUUUAACUUCUAGUGAGGGAGCUUGUAUUGGCGCUCGUAGCAGCCAACAUAGUCAGACACCUGAUUCGAGAGGAAAUCAAGGCACAUUUUUUUCUGGUCAGCACUUGUAAAUAAUAUUCUUGUACCGGUACCAUGUAAUCUUACAAAAUCUCAGCACAAAGUGGGCUGUUUCGAACUCUAGGC